AUGGAGUUGUUGCGGCUCGCGCUGUUGUUUGGCCUGGCGCUGGCGCUGAGGCCCGGCCCGGCCCUCGGCCACCCGCAGCCGUGCGGGGAGCUGGCGCUCUCCGGGGGCUCGCUGCGCCUGGGCCUCGCCUUUCCUGAGGCGCGACCCGAGCUGCUCCAGCUGCACUUCCUGGCGGCGGCCACCGAGACCCCUGUGCUCAGCUUGCUGCGGCGGGAGGCGCGCGCGCCCCUCGGUGUCCCGAACCCCUUCCACCUGCAGCUGGACUGGGCCAGCUCCCUGGAGACCCUGCUGGCUGUACUGGUGUCAGUGCUGCAGGGACACGCCUGGGAGGAUGUGGGCCUGGUGCUGUGCCGUGUUCGGGACCCCAGCGGCCUGGUGGCCCUCUGGACGCACCAGGCUGGCCGUGCCCCACAGCUGGUGCUGGACCUGAGCCGGCCAGACACGGGUGACGCAGGACUGCAGGAGCGCCUGGCACCGCUGGGGGCGCCGUCGGGGUCUGAGGCUCCAGUGCCCGUGGCCGUUCUCCUGGGCUGCGAUGCCGUCCGCGCCCAGCAGGUCUUGGCCGCCGUGCCCCCAGGCCCUCGAUGGCUGCUGGGCACACCGCUGCCCGCCGAGGCGCUGCCCACGAAAGGCUUGCCACCCGGGCUCCUGGCGCUGGGGGAGAUGACCCGACCCCCUCUGGAGGCCGCCAUCCAGGACGCGGUGGAGUUGAUGGCACGUGCACUGGGCAGCUGGGCCCUGGUGCAGCCGGAGCGAGCCUUCCUGCCUGCGGUGGUCAACUGUACAGAGCGGAAGCCCGCUGGGCCAGAGUCCUCGGGCCGCCUUCUGGCGCGGUUCCUGGCCAAUACAUCCUUCCAGGGCCGCACCGGGCCCGUGUGGGUGACAAGCUCGUCCGUGGUGCAUAUGUCCCGCGCUUUCAAGGUGUGGAGUCUGCGCCACGACCCGCGGGGCGCGCCGGCCUGGGCCACGCUGGGCAGCUGGCGCGACGGGCGGCUGGAGCUGGAGCCCGGGGUCUCUGCGGGGAGGCCCCCGCCGCCUCCGCGCGCCCAGGCCCGGCCGCGGCUGCGCGUCGUGACGCUGGUGGAGCACCCGUUCGUGUUCGCCCGCGAGUCGGACGAGGACGGCCAGUGCCCCGCGGGCCAGCUGUGCCUGGAGCCGGGCACCAACGACUCGGCCGCGGUGGACGCGCUCUUCGCCGCCCUGGCCAACGGCUCGGCGCCGCGCGCACUGCGCAAGUGCUGCUACGGCUACUGCAUCGACCUGCUCGAGCGGCUGGCGGAGGACGCCGCCUUCGCCUUCGAGCUGUACGUGGUGGGCGACGGCAAGUACGGCGCACUGCGCGACGGCCGCUGGACCGGCCUGGUGGGCGACCUGCUGGCCGGCACGGCGCACAUGGCCGUCACCAGCUUCAGCAUCAACUCGGCGCGCUCGCGCGUCGUCGACUUCACCAGUCCCUUCUUCUCCACCAGCCUGGGCAUCCUGGUGCGCACGCGCGACACGGCCGCGCCGCUGGGCGCCUUCGCGUGGCCGCUGCACUGGUCCAUGUGGCUGGGUGUCUGCGCGGCGCUGCAUGUCACGGCGCUGGCGCUCACGCUCUUCGAAUGGCGCAGCCCCUUCGGCCUCACGCCGCGCGGCCGCAACCGCGCCACCGUCUUCUCCUGCUCGUCCGCACUCACGCUCUGCUACGCCAUCCUCUUCGGGCGCACCGUGUCCAGCAAGACCCCCAAGUGCCCCACCGGCCGCUUCCUCAUGAACCUCUGGGCCAUCUUCUGCCUUCUUGUGCUGUCCAGUUACACGGCCAACCUGGCGGCCGUCAUGGUGGGGGACAAGACCUUCGAGGAGCUGUCGGGGAUCCAUGACCCCAAGCUGCACCGCCCGCCGCCCGGCUUCCGUGUGGGCACCGUGCGGGAGAGCAGCGCCGAGGCCUACAUCAAGAAGAGCUUCCCCGAGAUGCACGCGCACAUGCGCCGCCACGGGGCCCCCACCACCCCCGAGGGGGUCGCCAUGCUCACGAGUGACCCCCCCACACUUAAUGCCUUCAUCAUGGACAAGUCCCUCCUGGACUAUGAGGUCUCUAUUGACGCCGAUUGCAAACUUCUCACCGUGGGCAAGCCGUUCGCCAUCGAGGGCUACGGCAUCGGGCUGCCCCGGAACUCACCACUCACCUCCAACCUGUCCGAGUUCAUCAGCCGCUACAAGUCCUCAGGCUUCAUUGACCUGCUGCACGACAAGUGGUACCGGAUGGUGCCUUGCGGAAAACGGGUGUUCGCCGUCACAGAGACGCUCCAGAUGGGCAUCUACCACUUCUCAGGGCUCUUCGUGCUGCUGUGUCUCGGCCUGGGCAGCGCCCUGCUCAGCCUGCUGGGCGAGCAUGUCUUCUACCACCUGGUGCUGCCGCGCAUCCGCAGGGGCAACAAGCGGCAGUACUGGCUGCACACGAGCCAGAAAAUCCACCGUGCCCUCAACACUGAGCCACCGGAGGGGCAGAGGGCAGACGAGGAGCGGCAGGAUCCCAGCGGCCCCGCAGAACCCCAACAGCAGAGGGCAGCGGUGCCCAUGAGCGGCCGGGAUGGCUGGAGUCGUGUCCGUCGCGCAGUGCGGACGGAGCAGCGGCGCGUGCGUUUCCUGCUGGAGCCUGCGGCCUCGGAAGCAGAGGGGGCGCACGAGGACCCCGCCGGGCCACCCGAGGGCCCCGUGUGGCUCUGCUCCAACGGCGGUGCGCCCCUGCUAACGCCCGCCGGCACCCCGGGGCCCGGCGACAUGGCAGCGCUGGAGCAGCACAUCGAGCGCGUCCGCGAGCGGCUGAGGCAGGCGCUGUUGCGGCGUGGGGAGCUGCUGGCCCAGCUCGGGGACGGUGCCCACGGGGGGCUGUGUUCCCCCGAGACACCCCCGUGA